UUGUUUCUCUCAAUUGCGUAAAAGCGUUUUUUGGAACGUCCCUAUUUCAGAACAACAAUAAUUGAAAGCGUAAAUACGUUUGCAGAACAUCUGAUCAUUUAUUGCAGUUGUACCUUGAUUGAAUACCUCAGACUCCUUAAAAAAAAUAAUUGUCAUAAAUGAAUAGAAAAUUCACUGUAAGGUGUUUUGAGAAAUGGUUACAGAUGUGUUCACUCUUUCCGACAAUCCGUAAAUACUGGAGCACAACAUUUGAAAUGUCUCUUUCAGUGUGACAUCAGGUACAAUAUAGGGAACGAUCUAGGUGAAGAGGACUAUCAAAGUAUAACGAUUUUUUACAAUAUUGUGCACAUGCAGAGAAUGAAUUUGGGUUACCUCUACUUCUAAGUAACUUUGGGACCUCCUAUGUCAUCCUCUCCAACAUUGUGAGCAUCCAUUACAGAGCUUUGUUUUAGUGUGGAUUGAGAUCUACAUUCAUAUCAGAUGUGUUCUUCCAGUGUAUUCACCUUUCCUUAUUUCUAUGUUGGAUUGUGUUUCAGCUUGCAGAUGGAAAGUCUUCAAACCUAUGAACAGACUUUGUACUGAAUACAUGUAACGGAAUUGAAUUGUGAUGAUACUGAUGAAUGAAUCCUGCGCACAAUGUGCCUUCUUUUCCAUUUUCUUUUUGAUCAGGAAUUAUAUUUGUUUUAAUGUGUGUUCAAUUGUUUGGUGAAAUAAGCUUAAAAGCAGAGUAAUUUCUAAUAUCCUAUAAUGCUGCAUCUUUUGAUGAAUAUAUUUAUGUUUUGAGAAAGCACCAACAUUUUUUAAAUGUUUUUACUGUUUUCAAAAGACCACAGAGUUCUGUGUCUUUAGAACACGGUUUUGAAAAUCAACAUUGUUCCAAGAAAUGCUUGUACGCCAUUGAGAAAAACUGUAACUCAUCAUCUUCGACAUUGUGACCUUCCAUUACGAGCUUUGCUUUGGUGUUGGCUGAGGCCUAUCCAUUCAUAUCAGCAGUUCUCCACUGUACUCACCUGUCCUUAUUUCUACUGGGGAUUGUCUUUCUGCUUGGUGGUGGAAAGUCUACCAACCUGUCAGCAGAGCAGCCUACGUAUUGAAUACAUUGGAUUGUGAUCAUACCAAUGAAUGAAUGCUGCACAAAAUGUACUUAUUUUACAUGUUAUUUUGAUUCAGGAAGGAUAUAUAAUUUGAUGUGUAUGACAUUGUUUGGUAAAAUAUGCAUAAAAGGUGAGCAUUUGCCCAUAAUUAUGCAUCAUUUAAUAGUAUUCUGAGCAUCAUGAUUUAGUGACUGCAAAUAAAAUCUAUUGAUUAAAUGUGAGGCAACUUGAGGCAAAAGGUAUAUAUGGCUGUGAUAAUCUUCUUGCAGGCAGUCAUGUUCUUUGGAAGAAUGUAUUUGCCAUUUUGGCAGUAUAGUUUUGAUGAUGUAUUUGCUUUUUGAGAAGGCAACUACAUAUGCAUUUACUAUUUUGCAAAAGGCUACAGAGUUCUGUGACUGUUUUGAAAAUGGGCAACAUUGUUCCAAAAAAAUGCUUGUACAUGAUUGAGAAACUCUAACUGAUCUUUUAUAACCCAAGGUAACAGUGAUACACAAACUGUCUCUUUAUACGUAUUCCCUUAAGUACAAUAACAGCGAUACUGGGUGCACAUCCAGGUGGAACACCUAAACCAGAAGAGGUCCAGAUUCCUGAAGAAAACAUACGACGUUAUAUAAAAACACAAGUCACUCAUGACAUCAUGCUACUGAAGCUGCCUAAGGCAUACCCUCAGUUCACUACCAUUCAGCUUCCUCCUUCUACAUGCCAGACACCUGAGUUGAAGGAGAAUGUGAGAAUUGCAGGCUGGAGUUACACAGAAGAUGGUAGAAAGCCAGAGAAACUACAGUGUUCAAAACCAGGAGACCUCCAAGUCACUGAGUGUUACCCCACAGAAGAUGCUCAAACCAAAAUUCAAAAGCGAUUCUGCGCAGCAGCUCCAGGGAAGAUGGACGCCUGCCAUGGGGACUCUGGAGGAAGUCUGAUGAACACAGAAGGCCACCUGUAUGGUGUGACCUCACAGGGUAGUAAAACAGAGUGUAAAGUUCCAAUCAACUUCAUGGAUGUUUGCAAGUACCGAGAAUGGAUAAUGGAAGAAAUCAAUAAAGAUACUUCAUUGAAUAGUGAGUAAACAAAUGAUGUACUCCAAAUAAAAGGUCUUCUCAGAUCUCCAGAU